UUUAUUCGCAUUUGGAAUGAUUAAAUCAGCUGAAUGUGUGUGUUAGGGAGGUGAUUAUUACACCUUGUCAAGUUUUAGAGGAAAGGCAACUGUGCUGCUAGCUAGACAAGCUAACCAGCUCUUGUUUGCUAACGCACCUUCAGCAAAAUAAACUUUUCAACAAGUUAGUCGCCUGAAAUAAUGUUCUCAUGGUGUGUGGAUGCAUCUCGGACAGGUGGAUGACAGCCGAGUUAGAUGCAAGCUAGCUUCCAAAAAAAUCCACCACCAAACUUCACCAGAUACUAAUAAAAGUUUUUUGGGGGAUUUUUCGACGCUACAACUUUUUGGUUUGUGAGUAACUGGAGGAAUGUGCUGCCCACACGAGUCAUGCAGCAGGAUCCUUCAUUGAUUUGAAGUAUUAGUAAAACACCAAGUCGUGGCUGUUUAAUUAAAUAAACAGUUCGCAUGUACAUUAGAGAGAGUUGUCUUGUUUACUGCCGUGUGUCCAGACCACAUGGAAGAUCAGGGGUUUGUGUGUUUUUUUUUGACUUGAGAACAGAUCAGAUUGAGGCUUUAACAGGGCAGCACGGCAGCUUAUACAGCAUUAAUUGGCAGCUUGAUGUUUUAAAGAAUUAGAUUUGUGUGUUUUAGUAAUAUUAACUUGAUUUGAAGUUAGCAAAACGGCAGUCUGAAUGAAAAAAAUGUUGAUUUUCCUCUCCGGCUAGUGACUGCUGCAGUGACUAAAGGCCAUUAGCAAGACAAAGGUUGCCUGCAUGGAGCCAGCAGAGGAGUCUUUGUAAAGGGCAGAGGGGGUGUAGACGCCCAAUACUGAAAAAGAGGCAAAUUCAGCAUUUUUAUGGACGAAGCCUGAGUCCGGAGUUUACCACAGUCUUUAUUGAUGAUGGCGGAUUUUGUUGCACCGCGACACAGCGCGGUGAUGGAGAGGCUCCGCCGGAGGAUCGAGCUCUUCCGGCGGCAUCACAACAGCUGCGAAAGCCGCUACGAGAGCACGGCGCUGGAGCGACUGGAGCUGGAGAGGCAGCAGACCUUCGCCCUGCACCAGCGCUGCCUGCAGACCAAAGCCAAGCGCUCCAGCAAGCACAGGCAGCCCCAGCCGAGCGCGGACCCGGCGGGGCAGAGGGCGCUGGGCACCGGGAGCGGCGCCGCGGAGCCCGGAGACAGCGGCGGCGCGGCCGGGGAGCAGAGCCGGAACAGCACGCUAAUAGCGCUGCAGGAGACGGUGAAGAGGAAGUUGGAAAGUGCCGGCUCGCCGCUCGGCAGGGAUCAGGUCAACGGCUUCAGUGACGGUUUCCCCCCCAGCAAGAAGUCAUGUCUGGACAACGGCACGGCUAACGGCUCGCCGCUGGACUCCAAGUUGGGCAUCAGCGACGCGCUGGCCUCCAAUGGCACCCACGGGCCGGCGGGGGAGUCAGCGGAUGGCGUAGGGGAGCAGGAGUUCCGCCUGAAGGAGCUGAAGCAGGAGCCGGACGACAUCCUGCCCUGCAUGCUGCCGGCGGGAGGCGGAGCCAACAACAGCCUGUUCCCCGACCUCAACCUGAACGAGCAGGAGUGGACGGAGCUCAUGGAGGAGCUGAACCGCUCCGUGGCCUACGAGGACAUCCAGGACAUCCUCAACGACGGCUUCGAGGACCGCAAGGACCCGCCCGAUCUGGUGCCCACACCGGGCGGCGUGACGGCGGGCGGAGGACCGGGAGGGCCGGCGGGAGGGGGAGGAGGCCCACAGGUGGCGUCAGGCCAGUCCUCGCAGGGCCUCCUCCCUCCAGAUCUGGCCAAUGUCAAGACAGAGUUCUCACCGGCGUCCGUGGCCUUCGACCAGGACUCUCGCACCGGCUCGCCCCACGUCAGGCCCACCUCCUCUGGACCUCCUCCGCUGCCCACCAGCUCCCCUGUCGCCUCAUCCUCCGCCUCCUCGCCGGCCCUGCCCCAGUCCCAGCCGGCUCCGCCCUCCAGGCAGCUCCAGCCCCCCAACCACCUCCUGCCCCCCGGCCCGCCCGUGCCCAAGGACCUGUCGCCCGCCCAGCAGCUGCAGCAGCUGGCCGCCCAGCAGCAGAGGGCGCAGCACCUCCACAGCCAGCUGCAGCACAAACAGCAGCAGCAGGGGGCCAAGUUUCACCCCCAGGGGCCUCACCCGCACCCCCCGCCCUGGCCCCAGACCGCCAACCCCUCCCAGAGCCCACUAGGCGGCGCCUUUGGUAUGGACAAGCCCACCAGCCCCUCUCUGUACCCGCAGGACUUCAACCCCAACAACCCCAAGCAGCUGUUGAUGCCCGGCCAGCCCAACAAGGGCUCUCCCAAGGCGGGGGCCGGGCCCUACAUGCAGGGGCCCGGGGGCCACCCCAACAUGCUGGGCCACCCGGCUUCAGGGCCCCCUCUCAGCCACCCCCCAGCGCCCGGAGCCCAGGCCCCGUCCUCCAUGCUGAACUUCAACAACACCAAGCCCCUGUCCCAUUUCGAGGCGGGGGGCCCGGGGCCCGGACCGCCACGGCCCCCCAACGCCCAGACCCAGAACAAGGCGGCCCUGCUGUCGCUGCUCAGGCAGCAGCAGAUGAAGCAGAAGAACAGCAUGACGUUCCGCCCACACAUCCCACACACACAGCAGGACCAGAGCAGCUACCCGGCCCCGCCUCACGGCCCCGGCACCGCCAACACAAUGGCAGCCGCACCGGGAGGCAACGCCAUGGCAGCUCAGCCGGGGGGGAACGCCAUGGCGGGUAACCAUGGAAACGCAGCGUACAUGGCGGCAGCACUGAAACAGCAGCAGCAGCAUCAGCAGCAGCAGCAGCAGAUGCAGAUCCUGGAGCAGCAGAAGCAGCAGCAGCAGUACCUGCAGAGACAGCAGCUGAUGGCCGAGCAGGAGAAGCAGCGUCAGCAGGACCAGCAGCUGCAGAGACACCUGACCCGCCCGCCUCCGCAGUACCAGGACCAGCAGGGCCAGCCGGCCAAUCAGAACCCUUUCCCUCAGCCGCAGGUCAACCAGUUCACAGCUUCAUCUCAGCCAAUGGGCAGCGUCGGCUCUAUGGGAGGCCCCGCCCCCGGCACCCAGCGUAUGUUCCCUCAGAACCAAGGCUUGAUGGGAAUGAAUAUGGGCCAGGGCGGCGGGCCAGCUGGUGGUGUAGCCCCACCCCCAGCGGUCAGCCAGGCCGAUAUGAGCCUGCCGUCCUGUGGAGGGGGCGGGGCCGGUGUGGACGUGCAGCAGGUCCUCUACAACAAUAUGAACCUUCACCCCAACCACCCCAACAUGCCCGGCCACGCCCCCCAGCAGGGCAGCCUGCAGCGGCAGCCUCUGGGCCCCAUGAGCGCCACCUACAGACAGAACUUGCUGGCUCAGCAGCAGCAUCUAAAAACACAGCCUAACGCCGCCAUGUUGAAGCAGCAGCAGCUCGCCGCCACCCGCAUGCCCGCCGCCAUGCAAAACAACAUGGGAACCAACCUGCCCAGCUCCAUGCCAGGAGGCAUGCAGGGCACGCAGGCGGCAGCCUGGCCGCAGGCGCUCAGCAACCAAACCCCCCCCAACACCACAGGCCUGCCCCCCAACGCCUUCAACAACCCCCCCAACCCCUUCCACAUGCAGCAGCCCCGCAUCCCCAAGAUGCCACCAGGUGCCGCCCCCUUCGGUACCAACCCCAGCGGCCGCCCCCUGGGGGGUUUGAACCCCGGGCAGCAGAUGAUGCAGGCAAACAUGGCAGCUGCCCAGCAGAGGGCACCACCCAACGCCCAGCCCCUGGGCCAGCCACUGGCCAACCAGCAGCAGACUCAACAACAAGCCAACCAGAACCAGGCUGUCCUUCCUGACCUGGCAGCGUUUGGGCAGCCGCAGGGCAAUGGGCGCCAGGGACUGCAGUGCAACCAGGGUUACCAGGUCAGCCGGACUGCCAAUCAGCAACAGCAACAGCUGUCGUUUGGUUACAACGCGGCGUCAGGGAGCUUCCCUGGGGAGAGUGAGCUGGUCGACUCCCUGCUGAAAGGUCAGAGCACCCAGGAGUGGAUGGACGACCUGGAUGAGCUCCUAGCGAGCCACCACUGACCGGCUCCACCUACCAGCACCUGGCCCACCUGAACCCUGCUGAGCUGCACAGGUGUCUCCACCUGAGAGAAACACUUUCCUGAAGGAGUCAUGUCGAGGAGUUAGAUUUGUGAAAGGGAAUUUGUCAGUCCAUGACACCCUGGAUCCUAACACUGUUCAGAUCUGUUGAUAUGUUGAAAUACAAAGAGGUCAGUGUCUAAACGUCAGACACAGAAUGAGAACCGGCCACCACGCAGAUUGUGGUGUUUGUCUGCUCUCCAGGUUGUCAUGUUGUUAACAUCCAGUUGGUAAACCAGUGGAGGUUGUCUGUGAAUUUUGGGAUUUACAAAACACUGACCUGUGGAUGAGAAGUGGGGAAACAAGCCAACUGCUAAUCCAUUGCAAUGCAAUGAAGCAAUAAGGAGGAGUUUGGUUUACCUAGAGGGUAGAGAGACAUGUAAUUGAAAGGUUGCAGGUUGAAUUCCUGUAACAGCCAGCGUGCAUCUGUCAGCAGCCAUGUGUCAUUUCAAGGUGUCUGUGAUAGCGAUGAGGGUCGACCACCUGGCGCGGUUUCAGUGUGUUGCUCAAAGACGCUUCAGUAGUGUGCGACAUAGGGUUGAACCUCCACUACCCAGCUGCCCUUGAGCAAGACUCUGAGCUGCUAUGCCAGCUGUAGAUGGUUAAAAGAUGGAAAAGAAAGAGAUCCAUUGACUGACACAUCAGUAGGGAUUCCAGCCAGUUGGGUCACUGCUGUGCUUCAGCCCUGAAACCUUCUGUCCUCUUGUGUGGAGAGAACGUGUCGCCAAGCUCCAAAAAUCAACAAUCUGCUAGUUUUAAUGUCGCCUUGCUUACGGCAAACCUGUGGAUGUUGUGGAACAUGACUUGAGACGUCAUGGUGAAUCUGACAUUUAGGUGAUUUCUCAACUUUCCCUGGUUGCCUCGCCUGGUGUUGCUUCGUCGCCGACUUCCUGCGAUGUGUUGUUUCUAUAGUAACGCGUCUGAGCCCAGGUUCGCCAGGUUUUACCACCUUGCAUAUAUUUGCUGAUGAGCAAGGCAGCGCUCAAAGUUUUGUUUUCCUCCACACAAGAGCAGCACGUGUCAGAGCUGGGCUGAGCUUCUUCUGCAGACUCUGUGCUGAGUGUUUGUAUAAAUGGAGAUAAAAUACUGUGUAUAUAUACAGUAUGUGUAUAUAAACUAGGCAAAAAAAGUUCUGCACCGCUUUUUCAGUCUAUAAUUUCUCCCCUUCAUUUAUACCCAAUAGUGUUGUAUCGUAUACCGUUGUAAAGCCUGAUUCGCUCUUUCCAAUGAGAUACAACUUGUAAGGAUCCUGCAUUUCCGGAAUGAGUGACACCGGUAAUUGUAUGGGAAGCGACCAAGCGGCCAUCCUUACAAGUUGUAUCUCAGGGGAAAGAGGACGAAUCAGGCUUUACAACGGUAUAAGAUACAACACUAUUGGGUAUAAAUAAAGGGGAGAAAUUAUAGACUGAAAAAGCGGUGCAGAACUUUUUUUGCCUAGUAUAUAUACAGUGUUUGCUGUUGGUAACUGAAGACUGAACACAGGAUUGGCGGGUGGAGUGACUUAAGACUACUACUGAAACCGUGGCUCAGUGUGAAACCACUGGACCGGCCCCACGUAGAAUUAACACACACACACACACACACACACAGAGUCUCGUUUACACUUAUUCCUAACAUCCGUCUCUGGUGACCCAAUCACAAAUAAACAGUUUAGUCAGACCUGCAUUCACGCCUGAUAUUAUCCUGCAUCUUUUCUUACUUUGAUUCCUCUACACUCCAGCUCCUUCUGUCUGUUCUUCUGACUCACAUUCAUAUCCAUUACCGUCACAGUUUUCCCAAAUCUCUCAUCCGAAGUCUGACAGAUCCUUUGGAUUGCGAUCGUCCACUGCUGUGUUUCUUGUGGAUGCUCCUGAUGCUACACCUCAGACCAAUUAUUUCAGUAUUUGGUAUGGACGUGUAGGGCCCUGUAAAACUAUUUAAAUUUUUUCCAGAUUCUGUUUUGUUUUGUUUUGUUUUUUUCCCUCCCAAAUUCCAUGUUUUCCCUUUUUAUUUUUCUGAAUUCUGUGUUUUACGAUUUAGCACAUGUUGUCAUCGCGAAGAGAGUCUAAUCGUGCGAUGGAUGAAUAAAGUUUCAGCAAUCCAACAGGAAAUGGGAUUGUGAUCCGGUCACUCGAGACAGAUGUUAAAGGGAUUCUUCACCGAUAAUGCAUGGAUAUUUCUACCAAGUCUUCACCCUGUGCUGUCCUCCAUCCCUGACAAAGACAGAUUUACUGGGAAGCAUUCAUGGUAAACUUGUAUUUAAAAAACAAAACAAAACAAAAAACACUAGCCAUCUCUGAUCCAGUGGGAAAAAGUGGGUCCAUGCUUCUGUAAGAGCUUUUAAAGGUUCAGUUUAAAAAGCGCAUACUCGUCAUGCUGUAUAAUCUACGUUUCUGGUAUCCGGUUGUAUGAUGAUUGCUUCCCAAACACACUCAGCACCACUCCCAGAAAGCCCCUCAUGUUGGACAUGCGGCGCGAGCGGGAAGUCAUCAGCGUAUGUAGAUUAUGUCAGGCGUCCAGGGCAGCACAUGGGGAGCGCUUCACACAAAUAUCACGCAUCGCGGGUGAAGAAACUCUUUUUAAACCGAGUGUGAACAUGAUCCACGCUGUAGCUCCUGUUGCGGCCCGCAAACACACUCCUGCCAGCACACACACACACACACACACACACACACACACACACUGCCUGAGCCGCCACCGCCGCCUCUCCUCCGGCUUGCUUCGUUUGGUUUUUUGGAAUGGAAAUGAGCAGCAGCAGCAGCAAACCGAGUCCGAGCUGCCCUAUGGAAGCCAACAGAAAGGGGAAACAGGUCGAAGGGAAACGAUCCUCCAACAUGGCGGCUGUUUGCUGCUGUCCUGCCGUCACUCUGAUGUCAUUUUUUAAAUGUUUUCACCCAGCAGCUGUGCGGGUCGCUGUGCAGCUGCAGGCGGUUUGUUUUGAAGUUGCUGACGGAGUUUCUGUUUUUGUCCACGUUAAUGUUUCCGCGAAGUUAGAGGAUCUCAGACAAUUCAUGGUGGAUUUUAGACGACUCAGAGGAUGAAACCUGUUCCUCUGUGUUCAGGUUCGAGCUCAGCUGGGGGGGAAAGUCUACGUGACUUUUUCAAGGCAUUUGCAGCCACAAUCCAACAUCACAGCUGUUUCUCCAGAUCAGAGCGAGUUGCUGCUCCUCGGCGCCGCUCGUUCAGAUGAUCUGGAAGUGUGUGAAGGUUCAGAUCCACCGGGACAGUCACUUCAUUUCAGACGUGCUUGACUUGUUGCCCAAACUCUUAAGUUGUGGCAUCCUCCUGUAGCGAGAUGGUUAACAAAUGAAAUCUGAAUAGACAUCAGCACCAGCCAAUGAGAACCAAGCAACAAGUGUCACCAAAAAAAAAAAAAAAACCCACCAUGGUUUUGGUUUUGUGACUCUGUUGUGAUGCUGCGUUCCAGUCUGACGCUUCGUCCACACGGAGACGAUUUUUUUUUGAAAAUGCAGAUUUCUAUACCGUUCGUGCUUCUGUCCCACAUGAAAACUGAAUUUUUUUUAUUUAUUUUUUUGGGUCAGCGAAAACACAACUUUUAAGGCUGUCGUUUUUGCGAUGCUGACCUCACACUGGCGCCUUUUUGAUCCGGCAGUUAUUUUCAACAACUGGUCUUUAUUUGUGACUUUUAGGAGGAGCUCAUCCUCCUCCUCUGUCCAGAUGAACCGCUCAGCCUCGUUUUGAUCAGGCCGCUUUCUUUUCCCAUCAGCUUUGGACGUUGGCACAGCGUUUGCGGACUCGAUCUUGCAUUUUUAGGCAGUUGUGUGUUUGUGUUCUCGCGUGGACAGAGGUGUCGAAAACAGUCCCAUGUGCAUAGAGGUUUUUGUUAACAGUAUCAUUUUUCAGUGGAUAAAUGAAAGACCUGUCUCCGUAUGAGCAUGGUGGGAGAUUUCCCUGCUGGUAGGUUUGGAUCAUGAACUGCCCGCUGUGCAACGCAAAUAAAAAAAAAAAAAAAAAGUGCAAUUUUUAUGUUUCGUAUGAAUUUUACCCUUUACAUACUGGUGUCUGAUGGAUUUAAAAUCACGCAGUUGUGAAAACAGAAGCGAAGUGUGUUUUGGGGAUUAAAACGUGUUUGACGAAUCAGAAUUUCCGAUGUUGUGGCACGACUUGACUGCAGCAUCAGAGCUCGUGAAGCGUUUCCCAAAUCCAACGGACCGCAAACCGUUUCCCUCUUAUCAAAACAAAAACUGCAAAAUGAGACCUGAGGUGUGACAGUCAGUCCUGCUACAGUCGGUGUGUCUCCAGCCGGAAGGUGCAACUGUGACCGGGUCAUUGUGUUUAAGGUGGAACUGUGACCGGGUCGUUGUGUUUAAGGUGGAACUGUGACCGGGUCAUUGUGUUUAAAGGAACGUUUUGGGCAAAAUCUCCUUUUCCCGAUGUCCCCAGACUGUGACCAGAUGUUGGACACCAUUUUCACCUCUGGGCAUCCAGUGAUUCAGUUCCUAUGGGUAGCAUUUCCUGUUAGCUUAGCAUAAAGACUUGAAAUCUAUGGGAGUCAUUAGCCUGGUUCUGUCUGAGUGGGAAAAAAAAAAAAAAAAAAAACUUUAUUGUGUAUUUCAGAGCCUCAGAGCUGCGUUAAGGUUGACCAACAUCUGGUCCCGGUCUGGGGAAGUCGGGAAAAGGGGAUUUUGCCCAAAACGGUUGCGUGUUCCUUUAAGGUGGAACUGUGACCGGAUCGUUGUGUUUAAGGUGGAACUGUGACUGGGUCAUAGUGUUUAAGGUGGAACUGUGACUUGGUCUUUCUAUCUACUGUACUGUUCUGAGUUGUUCAAAGAAACUAGAACGUAUGAAUUUUUUUUGUUUGUUUUGUUUUUUCUUGCAAAUACUGUUGUGUAUUUUAUUUUGAAUAAUGCAUUAAUAUUCAGAUCUAGCUUUGGGGCUGGUUUUCAUGUUUUCUUCCAAAUCCGUAUCUGCCGGUCUGUUGCCGAACCUUCAGCUUCCAGCCUCCCGGGGUUUUCUGUUUGGAACUUGUGAACGGGCUCUGUGUAAAUGUCUAUAAAUAUAUUUUUUUGUAUGUAUUCCUUUCCUAAUGUUCUGGAGAAGAUAGAUGUUAUUUUUAUAUAUUGCAGCGGAUUUUUGUAAGUAUUUUAUACUUUUGAUAUGGUUCUCUGUAAAACAAGAGUAUUAUGUAAAUAUAGUUCUUUAGAAACUGG